AGAUUCUUUUUUUUCUACCUCGUUUUUUCUUUUCUUUCCUAACCUCCCCCCCAAGCUCCAAAAGAACAUUUUGGCACUACUGAAAAAGAAAAAAAAGUUUCUUGAGUGAAUACGCAAGCUGGAAUUGCUUUCCCCUCCUCCCUCCUUCGAAGCCAUGGCCUUCACGGCAGUGCACUACCCGACAGACAAAGAUCAGGGCCAACUCCCUUAUUGGCCCGACGGCGAGGAGCUAGGGGUGGCAAGCGAUAAUUUCUUUGACCAAUUCGUCACCUUUGACACCACAGACCCCGCGCUGUUGGGUGGCGGCGAGCUACUCGAUGACCCCCCUAGCCCAUCCAUCCUGCUCGAUUCUCUCAAUGGCAGUGUUACCAACUCCUCGUCCCAUGAUCUGGACACGCAGUCUGGGUCGUCACAAUCUGAAGUGACAGCUACGACUGCUGCUUCACUGGAUAUAGCUACUUUCUUUCCGUCUCAAGCUCCGACUUCAGACCAAAGUAAGUCUGUUCCGGUAGAGCUCACCGUUCCCCUAAUAGCAGACCCUGUCCUGAGUGGCGGCUCGAUCUCGGAUUCGGAACUACUUCGCUUAGAAGGGAUAUCUUUGAAAUCACCAAAAUUAAACGCCACGGCCCCGUCAAGCCCACCCUUUCAAAGCACAGCAUCCCCGAGUCCCCGCAAGCACAAUCGUGUUCUAGACUCCAUCUAUGCCACCAUCCGCCGGGCCACACAUCGGUCAAAGCCGAACAAAUCAUCUCAAGGCCUUACCCGAGCAGUGACCAACGGGUCGGCAUCGUUGGCAGAUUUGUUCAAGCGAGAAGAAGCAAGCACAUGUCACGAGCUACCAGACAGCUUGAACAUGACCGGGUUCCCGGACAUCAAGUUGGAGGAUGCGGGAGAUUCCCUCAAUCUCGAAGGCCUACCUCUGUCCCCGCCACUGACAGGCAAGAUACCCUCUGACCAGCAGGGGAACGACAUCUUGAAUUUGAUAAACGGAAAUUUUGAUGAUCCGUUCUGCGAUGACUUCCUGGCCUCGCCAGCGGUAAUCCACCCUGCCAUGGCGAAGGGCCACGAACUCAACCUCGACACCCCGAUGGACACGCCCGCACUCACCGACGACCCGUUCUACACACAUGGCCUAGGGUUAGUAGACUCGGCGAACGAACACGUGUAUCGCUCGCAGCCGAAGCAGCGGAGCACCAGUUCGGCUGAGUGGCCGAUGGAAGGGAUUCUCACCAACGACAGCCACGCCAACGACGUUGACAUCUGCUGGUCUGCAUCCACGCCUCCCGGCUCAGGAGUGGCAGCGGGAUAUAUGCCCGACGGAGGAAACCCGAUGGCAGGACCCGGGUGGUGGGAUACCCCGCGCCACCACCAGCACCAGCAACAGCCGAGCGGCCAUCGCAACCAUCGCAGCCAGACUGCCUACCCCCAGCACCAUCAACAACAAAACCAAAACCAUCACCAGCACCACAGCGACCUACCCUACGACUACCCACACCCACACCCACCCCCCCAUCCCCACCACAGCGGCAGCGGAAGCAGCAGCGGAAGCAGCAACCCCGACCUCACCGGCCUCAUGAUCCACAUGCCCCAACCCCGCACGCCCCAAGCCGCCGUGCUGAGCUCAAGCAACAGCAUCGACGACCCGGGGUACUACGGCCCCCCUGCACCCCCCAACCCAACCCCGCGCCACGCGUCGUCGUCGUCGUCGCUGUCGCGCCAGUACCACAGAACGCCGCACACAGACCACCACCACCGCCGCCACCGCCCGCGCGCCCCGUCGUCGGGCGCGCGGCACUACGGCGCGCCCAUGAGCUCGCCGCGGAAGAUUUCGGCGUCGUCGUCGGCGUCGUCGGCGUCUGCCGCGGGAAACGCACCGGCGCCUGGCGCGGGCGCGAUGUGCUACGCGCUGCGCGAAGAGAGCGCUUCGCCGUCGCCGAUGGGGAUCGGGGUGGGGAUCGGGAUGUCUUUCCCCUCCACCCCCGGCCCGGCCGGCAACAACAACAACGACGUCGGGCGGCCGCGGCACCGGGCCUCGUCGUCGUCUCUCGCGGUGCGGAAGCGGCGGUCGUGGAGUCGGCGGGGCGAGCAACAGCAACAGCAGCAACAACAGCAACAGUCGCCAAUGGGCAAAGGUGUUUCGCGGGCGACGAGCUACGAGAACAUGCUCGGGGGCGGGGGCGGGGGUUUCGCGAUCGAGUUCUGCAACUACACGCCGAGCGACAAGAAGGUGCUGAUGAACGGGGUGGCGCCGAGCGGGUCGAGCAAGACGAAGGCGAGGCGGGAGAGGGAGGCGAUGGAGCACAAGCGCAAGAUGAGCGAGGCGUACAUGCAGGCGAUCCGCGCGGCGGGCGGGGACGUGGAGAAGUUGAGGCAGAAUGGGUUUUUUGGGGGUGGGGGGGAGUGAUAAUGGCAGGGAGGGAGGGGGAAUAAAAU